GAUCCAUUAUUCUCAACCGAUCCAUGAAGAGAGAAAGAGAAAAGGAAGGAACAACGUUAGAAAGCUGGGACGUGACAAACUGUGCCAUGACGCCUCAUGCAAGUGUGUCCACAAACCCUCAAGUUUUUGAAUGCAAAACGUGCAACCGCAAAUUCUCGUCGUUUCAAGCACUGGGUGGCCACAGAGCUAGCCACAAGAGGGUGAGGCUCGGAGGGGAAGAACAACUCGGAGCAGGGGCUAAAUCUAUGGGCCUGAGUGGGCCCAAAAUGCACGAGUGCUCCAUUUGUGGUCAGGGUUUCCUUAUGGGCCAGGCCCUCGGAGGACACAUGAGAAGGCACAGAGACAGAGGUGCAACCAACAAAGCGUUUUCUUCCAUAAACGAGGUUGUUGCAAAAGUUUCGGUAUUCAAGAGAUCGUGCAAUGCCAAGGUUUUCUGCUUGGACCUCAACUUAACUCCUCUCGAGAAUGAUUUCAAGUUAUUGUUGUUCGGGAAAGUGUCGCCUAAAGUUAAUCUUUCCUCCUUCUGAUUUUUGUUUUUUCUCCUUUGACACAAUCUUUCUUUCAAUUCUUUUUGUGCAAAUGGUGAAUUCGUUUUGUUUAUGUUCUGGAAGUAGCAAUUGUAAUCAGUUGAACACGAUUAACGUGAGCUAAUCAGCAAAGCGUAUCAUGCUUAGCGAGUUGCAUUAUUCGGUUAAUGUCACUGUAUAACGCGUGUACGUGUUAUGUUUAUUACCAACUGUUCUUACCGAUAUCACCGAUAUCAACUCGUCUUUUGGUAUGGGAUGCCUUCUUCCCCAGGUUCAAUUCUCCCCGCGAGCUCCGAUCUUCUUCUUGAGGUCCUCGGAUGUACCUGCAAAAAGGACUCCGACGAUCAAGUUAGUUUGUUUUGUCCCAUGUCAUGUAUUGCUUAUAUUAUUACCUGUUGUUGUCCUCGUGUAACAGUGUAACUGUUGUUUGGUUAUUGUCUGAAGGUUAUUGGCGGUUAAGCCACGUCAUCUCGGUGUGCUGAGGUGUAUUACCAGUCUUCUUUCUCCGAUGUUACACCUCGGCAUUUCAUAUGUUUAUUCUAAUUUACACGAAUGGUUAUCUCGGU